AAAACUUAUCAAUGUGCACCGACAGCUGUGUCACUUUAUUUGUUUACAAAGAAAUCGAUAUUUAGCAAGCAUUAGGUAAUUGUUGAACAGUUUAAUUAUUUUCAAAGAAUGCAUUGAAAUUAAUCUUCAAUUAUUGUUGUUAUUAACUUCUUUAAGUUAUGGCGGAUGAGGAAAGUAAUUCAGCGAGUGAAGACUUAUCAAAAAUCAACCCAGUCAUUGCAGAAACCACAAAUUUUGACGAACCACAAGACACAGCUUGUGUGGAAACCAAUUUUUCAGGAAAUGGAAAUCCACAAAUAUCUGCCAAGGAUAAAUCAAAAAUCGACAUUUUAUUGAAAGCCGCUGGAGAUGCACCGAUUAUGAAGAAGAAAAAAUGGGCAGUAAAUCCAGAAAAGCAUAUUGGAUCUGUCGGAGAAUUUAUUAAAAAAUAUAUCAAAUUAGAGCCUAAUGAAAGACUAUUUCUCUACAUAAAUCAAACAUUUGCACCCGCUCCAGAUCAAACUGUUCAAAAUCUCUUCGAUUGUUAUGGGACUGAUGGAAAACUAAUUAUUCAUUAUUGCAAAAGUCAAGCUUGGGGUUGAAUUUUUUUUAGCAAAAAGGAAGAAAAAUGACACAAGUAUCACAAUAUUCAUAAUAUACUUUUAGAAAUAUUUGCAAUUUUACAGUGCUGACAAAUUGAUCGAUUAAAACUGUGUAUAAAUGUAUAUACGUAUAAACGAUGAAAACCACCAUAUCAUCAUUUUCUUAUAAUUGACAUGGUGUACAAAUAGAUAUUAUCAUUUCAUAAA